AUGGACUCUCGCUUCGCUCACCUGUACAAACGGGACAGCAGUGUGUCUAUGAUCCGGCUGAAGAUGUCCAGACGCCGGUCUCAAUCUCAGAAAGAGAACCGAGAGAAGAUCCAGAACCUGCGCAGACAUCUGGACCAUCUGCCGGAGAUCGAGCUCUCAAUGGAUGCAUCCAGCCUCAUGGCCACCCAAGACAACGCACCAAAAACAAAGGCAGCUAAUGAUGUAAAUGCUGCUGCUGAGGAGAGAAAGAAGAUGCUUGCUCGUUACAAAGAAAACAAGAUGUUGCAGAAGGAGAAGGAAAAGCGGGACAAAGAGAAGAAAGGCUUGUUUAAGGUCAGCCUGUAUAAGCCACAGCCACUCGGGUAUCUGCCUUCAAACACUGCUGCACAAAGCAGAGCCAAGAUCACAGAAACUAACCAGUCCACACGAGUGACCCGCUCAAUGAUGCGGAAUCAAAAGUCAGCAGCAGACAGACAUGCUGUUCCAAAGAAAGUUGAAAACGUAUUGACCACCAGAGCUUCAGCCAAGACUAGCUCAAAAGCUGUGACUACCACCAAAACCAGAGCAGCUACAGUUGAACCAUCUGUAAGAGCUCCAACCACACGAUCAGCAGCUAAAACACCAGCAGCUUUGGUUAAACCGGUUACUGAUUCAAGGAUUGCAAAAACAAGAUCAACUGUUAAAUGUCCUGUAUCGCCCUCUUCAGGCAAAGAGAAAGAUGUACAAGGCAACACCAAGGCAAUUAUUGAAAAUAAGACUGCUGAGAAAAAGGACACUGCAGUUGAUUUUUUGAGACCUGAGGAAGAGGAACCCAAAGCUGCUGCCCCCUCAUUUGCCCCUCAGGGAUUCGUGUUCCAGCCUCCUGUUGGUCUAAGUUCGUUCGAGCCUGCACCUCUCUCUCCACGUUCAGCCAGCGCCUUCCUCUCACCGAGGUACCUUUAG